UGCACUUUGCCCACAAUUCCAUACAAAAGUCGGUGACUAACUUAAAGAUGUUUUGUGGUAUUUGUACUGUGCAUUUUGUGGUAUUUUAAUCUAAACGUUCACAGUGUAACAGUGUAGCUCCUUUUAUAGUUAUUGUAUUUAAUUGAUUUAACAAAUGGAAAACUGGAAAGAAAAAAAUAUUCUCAAGUUGCAUAAAUCCUGAACACUGCUUCUCAUGUGUAGUUUGGACUCUUGAGUAGUUUCUGCACCUGACACUCCCUCCUGUGAGCUGACAUGUCCUCCUGACGUCAGACAUCACCCUGAGGCCCGGCGUGCACCUCAAACCCAAAUCAUCAUGUUUGUGUCAACUGUCGCCCUGAUACCCACCCCUCCACCUGGCACCCGGCCACUGACGCUUAUAUCAGGGGGCACCGGGGAAGGUGCCGAUCUGCAUCAGGGGGAGGCAGCUUGGCAUCUGUUCCCGUGGGUGUGACCGCGGAGCCAACUGAGUUUAAAUAGAAGUCCGGAGGAACCGGACAACACCAUCCCAUUCAGAUACAGAGGAAGAGGAAGAGAGAACCAAGAGAACCAUGAGUCUGUCCGAGAAAGACAAGGCCGCCGUCAGGGCCAUGUGGGCCAAGAUCGGCAAGUCAGCGGAUAUGGUUGGGGCUGAUGCUCUGGGCAGGAUGCUCGUCAUCUACCCGCAAACCAAGACCUACUUCUCCCACUGGGCGGACCUGAGGCCCGGCUCUAAACCAGUGAAGGAGCACGGGAAGAGGAUUAUUACCGCAAUCGGUCAGGGGGUGGCAAAGAUCGACGACCUCAACAGCGGCAUGCUGGAGCUCAGCGAGCUGCACGCCUUCAAGCUGAGAGUUGACCCGGCGAACUUCAAGAUCCUGAGCCACUGCAUCCUUGUGGUGCUGGCCAACAUGUUCCCCAAGGAGUUCACCCCCGAGGUCCACGUCUCCAUGGACAAAUACCUGGCCUGCCUGUCCCUGGCUCUCUCUGAGAGAUACCGCUGAGCUGCCCUCAGUGCCACGCACGGCCAUGUCACCCAUGCACGGUUGAAAAUGAAAAAAUAAACCGCAUGCCGCCAAAAAACUCA